UGAACGGACAGCGCUUGUUGGUUGUUGGUCUCCUCGCACACACAGGGCCCGAAAAAAGGAGCUGUUUUCCGAGGGAGUUUUGGCACAUGUUUUGGUUCCGCUACAGCUUCAGCUUCAGCUUCUUUUUCCCUUCGCUUCUUCGAUAAAUUGUAUCUUUGUAUCUUCGGUUUGUUCGCCUGUGUGUGGGCAAAAACUACCGCCCAAAUCGAGUGCCAAGUGACCAGAAAUCCACACCAAUCCCCUUACCAAAAAUCUUCUUCAAACGGGACAAAGACAAUCACAAAGAACAACAACGGAAAGUGCAAAAAACUUAGAUUAAUCUUAGAUUGGCUGCCGCAAAAAGGCAGUCAUUACAGUUACCAAACAAAAAGAACAGCAACCUACGAAUUUCUUAGUGUAUGUGUGUAUGUGUGUGUGACAUCCAAAUACUAUAUACUAUAUAGAAAAAAACAACAACAGGUGUUUCAGCCUUAACUUAUUGUCAAUACCAAAGAACCACAAUAUAAUUAAGCGCAGCAGCAGCUAUUAGUAGUUGUCCAUAAUUGAUAAGCAGAAACUUUAAUUUGCUGCGUGUCAAUUUUAAUAGUAUUUUUUGUCUGAGUGGGAGUGGGUGCGUGAGUGUGUGCGUGCGUGCGUGUGUGAGUGCGUGGGGGUGUGUAUGUGUGUGUGAUUGCUCGGCUCGGCGCACGUGCAACGAAAGAUGGUCGAGGAGUUCCUGGAGAAGUUGCCAGAAAUCGACACACGCUACGAGGAUAUUGUGCCCAUGGAACAAGUGAGCUCGAUGGUCUCCAACGGCGGCGGCAGUGUGGCCAUGCAGCGCGACGAUGAGUACAGGAAUCGGAUCAUGAAAAUACGUAGACUUGAUACACAAGCAAAACAUUCACAUGGAUUUCUCUAUUCGGACGAGGAAAUCAGCGAUAAGGCAUCAACAUGCGGAAAAUUGCUAAUAUUUCUCUCCGUGGCUCUUGUGAUAAUGACGCUACCAUUCAGUCUAUUCGUCUGCUUCAAGGUGGUGCAGGAGUACGAGCGCGCGGUUAUCUUCCGUUUGGGUCGUCUUAUGCAGGGCGGUGCCAAGGGCCCAGGUAUCUUCUUCAUCCUGCCCUGCAUUGACUCCUAUGCCCGUGUGGACUUACGUACCCGCACCUACGAUGUGCCACCGCAGGAGGUUCUCACAAAGGAUAGCGUUACGGUUUCGGUGGAUGCAGUGGUUUACUAUCGGGUAUCAAAUGCAACGGUCUCUAUCGCGAACGUGGAGAAUGCUCACCAUUCGACCAGGCUACUGGCACAGACUACUCUACGAAACACAAUGGGAACUCGGCAUUUGCAUGAGAUACUCAGCGAGCGUAUGACGAUUUCCGGCACAAUGCAGGUUCAACUCGACGAAGCCACCGAUGCCUGGGGCAUCAAAGUUGAACGUGUUGAAAUCAAGGACGUGCGCUUGCCAGUGCAACUGCAGCGAGCCAUGGCCGCCGAGGCAGAGGCUGCCCGAGAAGCCCGCGCCAAAGUCAUCGCCGCCGAAGGAGAACAGAAGGCGUCGAGGGCACUCCGAGAAGCGUCUGAGGUGAUUGGCGAUUCGCCGGCUGCACUUCAACUGCGUUACCUUCAGACACUCAAUACCAUAUCUGCGGAGAAGAACUCGACCAUUGUUUUCCCGCUGCCCAUCGAUUUAAUAACGUAUUUCCUCAAGACCACCGAGGCCACCACGCAACAGAAUGCCCGUGCAGCUGCGGCAGCUAUUGGCAAUACACCGCCGCCCUUGCAACUGGCGCCGCAACAGCAAAUGCAGCAGCAACAACAGCCGCAGUACCAGCAGCAACAGCAACCGCAGCAGCAGCAACAGCAGCCGCAGCAAUACCAACAGCCGCAGCAACAACAGCAGCAACAAGAUCAGCUGUAUCAACAAGGGCAGCAGAUCUCAUCAGCCAUGUAAAUCAGCUUAAGAUCAUAAAAGGUUCGGCCUUGUCGACUCCAAAAUGCCUUGCACAAAGUCAGCAGAAUGUGCUGGGGUUAUGCUUGAAGUUUGUUUACAAAUAUACUUCAGGGAUAUCGAAACAUCUUUAUCUUCUCAUGAAAAAUAGUUAUUAUAUCGAUAGAAUAAACAUGUAUUGGGAACACACGCAUGUUUCUUCGGUCGUUAAUAUAGGGUUUCAUUUCUGAACUAAAUAUCUCACGUCAAACUUAAGAUGUGUAUUCCGGUACACAUUUUAAGAGAUACUUAGCUUCGGCGAUUGGAAUUGAGAUAAGUAUUUUUAAUGAGGAAAUAUAGAUAAAUGCAUUUUCCUGGAGUUGAUGACAAACAAACUUCAAAAUUUAACUCAUAAUUUACUUGUGCAGUUCAUUUUAAACUUAAACCAAAAAAAAAAAACAACGGAAACAACGAUUCAUGAGAAUCAAAAACUUAGUUCAUAACACCGAUAAGUGCGAUUCGAAUGCGUUAGCCGACAGCAGAUCCUUUCGGAAGGAAGUGAUAAGGGAUCUGUGGUCAAAUAGAUACGAAAAUACAAAAGCCUAGAAUAGUUUCAUACGAGACGAAAGAUAGAGUUUAAUAUUUGUAGCUUUACGACCAGAGAAUGCAAUUCUAAAUAUUAAACGUAGUUCUAGCGGUGCAUUGAGAUAUUACCACACAACAUUCAGAAUCAAAGUAAAAUACUUAUUGUCAGAAAAAUAUAAUACUUUAAACGGUCUGCGGAUCGCUCAGGUGAGAAUUCUAAAACCAACCAGUUUUGAAAGUCUCGAAUUGCAAAAUUCGUAAUAGUCAAAAAUGGUUGGUUUGGUUUUGUAUUUUCACUCCGAACGCUGAGUGAUCCACUGAUCGUUGAACUUUUUUAUUUACCUUCAACGAAGGUCCAUUUCCUUAAAUGAUGGUUAAAGUAUUUAGUUAAUAUAUAAUUUAAAUAAACCUCUCUACCCCCUUAUGAUGAAACUACUCAAGUAAGGAAACGGGCCUGCGUCGAAACAUAAUAUCAAGGCGCUUGUAAAUGUUUUUCCUGUUAAUUAUUGAUGUAUUCUCGAUUAGAGUGCGCUUUGCUGUAUACUUAACAAUGAACAUCAGUUAGCCGGUAUACAGCAAAUGUACUGAUUUCCAUAAACCAAUUAAAACUUUAUAGGACUUUAAUAACUCUAGUUACGAGCAGUUGUACUUAUAUGGUACACCCCAACAUUCCUACUGUUAAUCUGUUUCAACUGGAAUUAAUCCAGUUGUUAUAUAGACCGAUCGAUCAAGUGGUCUUUAAAAACUGUUACAAGUUAGUUAAACCCACAACAAGUAUCGGUCGAAUCAAUGUUCGUAGGUCCAAAAUACGAAUGCCAAACAAUAAAUAAGAGUAAUACGAAUUUAUUGUACAUACAAUAAACAAAUAAAUAGAACAAUUAAGCAUUGAACGAACCAUUAAUUAAAAUUGAAUAUUCCUAUCGAUAUUCACAAUAUAUACAAACACACACACAAACACAACAAUAAAAGGAAGAAUUGACGUCAAGCUCUCUCUCAAAGUAGCAAGUGGCUACUUAACAGCGUUAGUAGUAAGUCUCAGUAGAUAUCGGACAGAAACGGACAGAAGAAGGAAGGAAACUAAAGUGAGAUGUAUCUAAAACACAAAAUCGUUUACUUUUUAGCGCACUUCAUGGAUUAAACAAAAAACAAAGUGUUAUUGAAUUAAUUAUAUAUACAUAUACAAACAUAACGAAUUACAUAUUAUGUACAAUUUUGCCUUUGAACAAUUUUUAAACGGAAACGAUUUCAUUAUCCACAUACGAUUUAGAUUAUAUGUGUAAAGGAACAAUAAAAAUUUCUUCAACUUUUUUGGUAUCCAAAAAAGGAAAAACAAAAGGCUUUUAUUUCUUAUUAAAUCAGAUAAUAAACUGGUAAGUAUUUAAAGUCAAGCCCCAUAACCAUAAUGAAAACGCACACUUCUUAGUUAUUACAUAUUUUUCAAUUUUAUUAGUUAUUAUCAUUAUUAUUUGUAUUAUGCAUUACACACCUAACCGACUUAACGGACACAUUUCCAUCAUUUUUCAUCGGCUAAAUUCAGUUUCCAUUCAUAUUUGCUUCGUGAAUCUGCGUAUUAUAAACCAUUAUCCGCCCGUACAUGACAAUUCUCGGUUGUUAUUUCUAUAAUUAUUCAUUCAUCAGACAUUGCAAUUCGUGUGUGUUAUUAUUAGGCAAUAACCGAUGUCAGCGCAUG